CCCCUAGUUGCGGCUCUUCCUGGGCUGGGCUGAAGCCUCCAAGGUCCCUGCUCUCCUGUUGCUUGCCGCUGAGGCGCUCCCGGGCCAGAAGGAAAGGGUCCGGUAUGGACACGGCGGGCUCCUCUCUGCAGGCCCGGCUCUUCAGGAACCUCCAGCUGGGCCGGUCCAGGAAAGGUGGGAAGCCGGAGCGCCGCAGUGCGGGGACACCCUGCCCUUCACCCCCUCCGCACCGGAGGAAGGAGCCGGCGGAGGGGCCCGGUAUGGAGGAAGUGGUGCCGGGAAUUAUCCGGUGGAGCGGGAUACGGAGGAGGAAGCAGGCGCUGGACCGGGUCUUCUCUUCAUCCCAACCUAACCUGUGCUGCUCCGGGGCUGACUCCUUACCCUCCAGCGCCCCCUGUAGUAGCCCCGGUAGUAUCGCCUCUACCCCGGAGCCUGGCUCUACUCUGCGACGUCUGCGGGAUCACCUUCUACCCUCCAACCGGAGCAAGGAGGGGGAACCGGCCAGAGCACAACAUCUGUCCCAUCAGAAGAGCUCGUCCCUGCCCGGCAAUGAGUGCAUCGGUCAGCUACUCCUCCCCGCCAAGGACGGGGAGACCGGACACCACACGAAAAUCAACAAUGUGGUGACCAGUAAUGCAGACGUUUUACUCCCUAGUCUCGGAAUGUACCUAUUGGAUGUAACUUUAAAAAGAGGAAAUAACUUAGCAGCUCGUGAUCGAGGAGGGACAAGUGAUCCAUAUGUCAAAUUCAAGAUUGGAGGAAAGGAAGUUUUUCGAAGUAAAACAAUACACAAGAACCUUAACCCUGUUUGGGAAGAAAAAGUUUCUCUGCUGAUUGACAAUCUGAAGGAACCUCUAUAUGUCAAGGUGUUUGAUUAUGAUUUCGGACUGCAGGAUGAUUUUAUGGGCUCAGCGUUUCUUGAUCUGACCACAUUAGAGCUGCAAACUGCAAAAGACGUGGCAUUAAACCUGAAAGAUCCACAGCACCCUGAUCAUGUACUGGGAACCAUAUAUUUGUCAGUUUUCUUGUCUCAGAAAGACAGUGUCAGCAUGGAGUCGGCAAAGCAUGGCUCACUGCUUGGUGGAGAAACCCUGGCAAGCACCUUGGCAAGCACAGAGCCUUUAUCUAUGCUCAAAUCAUCUGAGUCGACAACUGUAAUUAAGAAGAAUUGGAAAAGAUCAAGUAAGUUUCAGACCCAGAGCUUAAGAAUAUCAGACCUGCACCGAAAAUCCCACUUUUGGAGAGGAGUAGUGAGCAUUACACUUAUUGAGGGGCAAGAGCUCAAAGCCAUGGAUGCUAAUGGACUAAGUGACCCUUAUGUGAAGUUCCGGCUAGGACAUCAAAAAUACAAAAGCAAGACUCUUCCAAAGACCCUGAACCCUCAGUGGAGGGAGCAGUUUACAAUGCAUCUCUUCGAGGAACAAGGAGGUGUAAUUGACAUCACAGUAUGGGAUAAAGAUGCAGGCAAGAGAGAUGACUUUAUUGGAAGGUGCCAAGUUGACCUGUCGGCCUUGAGCAAAGAACAAACUCACAAACUGAAGCUGAAUUUGGAAGAAGGGGAAGGUUGCCUGGUUCUGCUGGUGACUCUGACAGCCUCAUCUGCCAUCAGCAUCUCUGACCUCCAUGUCAGCUGCUUAGAAGAUCAAAAAGAGCGCGAGGAGAUUCUGCGGAGAUAUAGUCUUAUGAGAUCCUUUAGCAGUUUUAAUGAUGUGGGCUUCCUUCAAGUGAAAGUCAUAAGAGCAGAGGGAUUGAUGGCAGCUGAUGUCACUGGUAAAAGUGACCCAUUUUGUGUAGUUGAGUUGAACAAUGACAGACUGAUGACUCACACUGUGUACAAGAACCUUAACCCCGAGUGGAAAAAAGUGUUCACAUUCAAUGUCAAUGAUAUCCACUCAGUCCUUGAAGUGACAGUUUAUGAUGAAGACCGAGACCGGAGUGCUGACUUCCUGGGCAAAGUUGCCAUACCCUUACUGUCUAUUCAAAAUGGUGAACAGAAAGCCUACGUCUUGAAAAACAAGCAACUGACAGGGCCAACAAAGGGGGUCAUCUAUCUUGAAAUGGAUGUGAUUUUCAAUGCUGUAAAAGCCAGCCUGGCUACGCUCGAACCAAAAGAACAGAAAUAUGUUGAGGAAGAACCCAGACUUUCUAAACAGUUACUGCUGAGGAACUUUAUCCGCAUGAAGCGUUGUGUCAUGGUGCUCAUCAAUGCUGCCUACUACAUUAACAGUUGCUUUGAUUGGGACUCACCCCAAAGGAGUCUUGCUGCUUUCUUGAUCUUUCUCAUUGUGGUCUGGAAUUUUGAGAUAUACAUGAUUCCAUUGGCACUCUUGCUAUUACUAGCUUGGAACUAUUUCCUAAUCGUAUCGGGAAAAGAUAACAAGACCCAGGAUAUGGUAAUGCAAGACAUGUUAGAGGACGAGGAGGAGGAGGAUGACAAAGAUGACAAGGACUGUGAGAAGAAAGGAUUUAUGAAUAAACUGUAUGCCAUUCAAGAGGUGUGCGUCAGUGUACAGGGCGUGCUUGAUGAAGUGGCUUCUUUGGGUGAGAGGAUAAAAAACACAGUCAACUGGACGGUCCCAUUCCUAACCUGGCUGGCAAUUAUCACCUUGUGCGUCUUAACGGCUGUGCUAUAUUUUAUCCCACUCAGAUACCUCGUCCUUCUGUGGGGAAUUAAUAAGUUUACAAAGAAAAUUCGAAGCCCCUACACAAUUGACAAUAAUGAAAUUCUUGACUUCCUUUCCAGAGUUCCAUCUGAUGUGCAGUUGGUGCAGUAUCGUGAACUGAAACCAGACCCCAACCACAGUCCAAGCAAGCGGAAGAAAAAUAAUCUUGGUUAGCCAGCGCUACGCAUUACAGACAAUAGCAUCUGCUCAUCCCAGAUAAAGGGACGCCCUGUGGCCUCACAUGCAUUUCCAUUGUUUAUGUUACCUUAUACUGUAUUUUUUUAUCAUGAUAGAGAAAAAUUGUAAAUAUUGUAUAAAGGCAGAUACCAUUGUACAAAACUAAUUUGAUAAUAAUUUGGGAGUUUAUCUCUUGAUGUGUGAAUGCUUUGCUUGGGCCAGUAGCACAAUGCUCUAAAUGAUGUUGUUUAGCAGCAUUCAGAGUAGUGUACAUGCUGUGUAAACAGCAGGACAUAGCAAUGUCUGCUCUGAUAGGGGCUGGGAGAGUUGUUUAAAGGCUGUACAUGUUUGAAUGCACAUGCUUUUGCCAAAAAUACUAUAUUUACUACAUAGAGCAACUAUUUUAGUUUUAAGAAGAGUAAUAUGCACUUUUAGAUUCAGUGCCUAUAGAUACCCAUGUGCCAGUGUCAGAAGUACAACAUUUAAAACUCUAAAUUGCAGCCAUGGCUCAACCAAGUCGAGUGAGGAAUGGUUGGAUCCUUUAGACAAUUUUGUAAAACAGCCCUAACAAUACUUCUUUACAUUCUACAAAAAAAAAAAUGUUUUUGGUGUGUGUAUCUGGAAUAAACAACCCCCUCCCCACCAUUUGGUAGUAACAAGUAGGAUGGGUAAAUGUGAAACCUCCAAAAAAGUAACAUAGGCAGAAAUAAAGCAUGACAAAAGUUGUAAUAAGAAUUUAAAAAAAAAAAAGUUUUGGAAUCAGGUAUCCUUUAAAGACUGAUUCCAGCCCAAACUUUUUUCUGUAAGGCAAAAAAUAGUAAUUAAAAGAAUAUACUAGUAAUGUACAAUUAGGGGGUAUAAACCAAAAUUCGUAAAACAGUAGUGCCAGAAUUUAAAAGACAUGAUGAGGUACUAUUCAAUGAGUUGAUAGUCAAAUAUUUCCCACUUUCAUAUGUAUUAAUGGGAGCUGAUGCAAGCUUCAACACUGAAUGCCAACCCAUAAAUCUUAAACACACCCAUAUUUAAGUGAAACUACACAUAGGGGAAUUUAUAAAAACUGGAGCAGACAGAAUGUGGAGUGGCAACCAAUCAGAUUCUAUCUUAUGCUUGUUCAGUUAGGUUUUGAAAAUGAAAGAUAGCAGCUCAUUGGUUUGUAUGAACAGCUGUUCAAGAUUCUGGCUGAUGAAGUUUUAAUGAAUUCCCAUUACAGUCUUCCAAAGUAACUCACCUUUAAGAACCUUAGCUAUUUUGUCUGAGUUGGUAGUUCUAGUGGUAGUAAGUUAAUAACAGCUGGACUUACUUUCUCGUUUCUGCACCAAUCACACAAGCCAAUUGUUCUGUUUUGUUCAUCUAAUUGUCUGGAAUUUAACCAUACAAAGGUAGUCCAAACAGCAUAAUCCAGCUACCACGUAUGUUAAGCUAAUAAUGAUACAAUACAAUAUAAGGUUAAUAUAACUCCAUGGGUUACCCACUAAGGUGCGUGUUAACAGGAGUUUCAUACAGUAACUGCAGGCUUUUGAACCGUAUGCAUUAAAAAGAAUUGGAAAUGUAUAUACUGAAGAAUACAGUAAAUUCACUCACACUGAAUAGUAUCUACUGGAACACAAGAUGGAGGUUAUUACCACUCUGCACCUCUAGGCAGAACCAAUAAUGAGUCUGAAGCCUCAUACACACGAUCCGAUUGUUGGAAGGAGAUUUCUGUUGACAGAUUGUUGUCCUAAAUUCUGACCGUUAGAACGCUCCUUCUGACAAUUGUUGUCCAACUUUCAGCCAACAAAUGUUGGAUGGCAGGCUAGUAAAUUUUCGGCGGACAACGGUCUGUUGUCUGAUUUUCAUAUCAUCAGUACAUAAGUCUGUCACACAAAAGUCGAAAGUACAAACAUGCAUGCUCGGAAUCAAUGCUCACCAAACACGAAAUUAGCAGAAGGGGCCCAAAGGGUGGUGCUCAAGAGCUGAAGUUCUUCGUAGUAUUACUACAUUUGUGUUUGUUGGCUGGCUGACAUUUGUGUACCGUUAGUAUGCAAGACAAGAUCCAGGCACAUGCC